AUGUUUUAUUCUGUUUUAUUUUUCAUAGCUCUCACAACCCUUGUCUUUAUAACCUUUAUACUUCUCAACAAGUCCCAAUUGUAAUUCGAAGAGAAAUUAACUUCUAAGACCAUUAUCAUAUGCCUUUUUGCCCUCGUUGUGUUAAUGAAUUAAAUUUAGUUGAUGAGUCAAUUCAAAUAAACUAACAAACUUGCCAACAUAUUUAGUGAAUUAGAUUUGAUUGAAAUACCAUCCAAUACCAAUAUUUAAGAGCUGAGUGUUCCAUUCAAUAAAACCAAAGGAAUUUAUUUUACAAAUAAUACUCUGCCAUUGAGUUUACAGUAAUAAUUGGAGAAUAAUCAAAAACCUUAUUUGCAUAUUAAUUUUGAUCACUAUUCAGCAUUGAACAUUGACUCCGUUUAUUUAAAUAAGAAAAUGAGUUAAUUAUAAAAUGAAUUGCUCAAAUAAUAAUCACAGCAGGCUAUCUUACUUAUAAAAAUUGAAUCAUUCAAUUAAGAUUUCUUUGAGUAUUUGGAGUCAAUCUUUGAAUUAAGUGAAUGCACCUUGAUUUUAUACGGAUCUUAGGUUCAAUAAAUCAGACAUAUUUGUAAUUAUAUUGACUCUUAUUAGAAGUGCCAUCCUUUUUUAGGUUUUCUUAAUAAUUAGUAAUAUGAGC